CAUGGACUUCAAUGAGUUCUUACCAUACAUCGGGGAAUUCGGAGCUUAUCAGAAACGCCUUCUUCUGUACAUGAUGCCAUUUGCCUUUAUGUUCGCUCUCAUUUACUUGGCGCAAAUUUUCAUAUUACUUGUGCCCCAUGACCAUUGGUGCCGCAUAGAAGAGCUAGAGUCUUUUCCAAAAGCAAAGCAAAUCGAACUUGGAAUCCCAAAAGACAAGCACGGAGUUUUUGACAGGUGUUCAAUGUACGAUGUCGAUUAUAAGCUUGCGUCCACUGAAACAACUCCAAAUGAAAGUUGGCCUCAGAUAAAUUGCCGAGACGGUUGGAUGUAUGACAAGGGUCAGGUUCCAUAUGAAACCAUUUCCACGCAGUACCAUUGGGUUUGCCAAAAGGAUAACCUUGCUACAUUUUCGAUCGCUGCCAGCUUUGUGGGGUCAAUGUUGGGCUGUCUGACCCUCGGAUACGUUGCAGAUCAUUGGGGCCGCAUUCCCGCUUUGUUUAUUGCCAAUGUAUGUGCCUUAGUAGGCGGUCUUCUGAGUGCUGUCUGCACGAACUUUUACACCUUUGCCGCGGCCAGUGUCCUGCAGGGUUGGUCAUACGAUACUUGCUUCACUGCCUUUUAUAUACUAUUGAUGGAGACUGUGGGCCCACAAUAUCGUUCGCUGACCGCCAACCUUUCGCUGGCCACUUUCUAUACUAUAGGGGCAUGUGGACUCCCCUGGAUAGCCUAUGCCUGCAACAAUUGGAGGACAUUCGCUGUGGUCACCUCAGUGCCCAUAAUUAUAUUGAUCGUGAUAUGUCUGAUAAUUCCCGAAUCACCUAGGUGGCUCCUCUCCGUGGGGAAAGUUAAGAGGGGGUUUAAAAUUAUAAAAAAAGUGGCCAAGAUCAAUGGGAAAACAGUUCCCGACGAUGUAAUGGUCGCCUUUCAGCAGUGCAGCGAAAAAGCCUACCUCGAGGAACAAUCCGCUAAAAAGUACACUCUUCUGGAUAUUUUUAAAAGCUGCCGAAUGUGUCGAAUUUUACUGAUACUGAUCGUAAAUUGGAUGAUUAUAGCACUGGUGUACGAUGCUCAUGUGAGGGUUAUCACCAAUGUGGGAACGGAUAUAUUCAUCACUUUCUCGCUAGCAAACCUGACCGAGCUACCGGGAGGACUAGUUCCACUGGUCCUAAUGGAUCGAACGGGGCGGAAGAUCAUGCUAUUUACGGUAUUAAUGCUCUGCGCACUCGGAAGCUUGUUGGCUGGUCUGUUCAGCAGGAAAUGGGAUAUUGCUAUAGCGGCUAUUUUUGGUCGACUAAUGGUUACGAUUGCAUAUAAUGUGGGGGAGCAGUGGGCGGCGGAGAUACUUCCGACUGUCGUGCGGGGUCAAGGACUGUCCCUCGUGCAUGUUAUGGGAGCCGCUGGAGCAGUAUGUUCGCCAUUCGUGGUUUACUCGGAUGACUAUUCCGCAUCGCUACCCAUGAAAAUACUAGCGGGGCUGGCGGUGGUUGCAGCUGUUUUGGUCUUAUUUUUGCCAGAAACUACAAACGUUGCCCUGCCGCAGACUAUAGAAGAAGCGGAGACUCGUUGGGCACAGAAAUUUUGGUUUCAGAAAAGGAAAUUAUAGUUCCCAUGCAAAUACACUUUUUAAAUAAAAAUA